AUGAAUCCCUUCUUGCCCAAAGCUAUACCCAAAGGAAGUAGAAUCAAAACAAUACUAGAGUGCGUACUUUUAUCAAUAAGAUUGCCAAUCUUUUUAGGAUUGACUUUACAAAUAAUAAUCUUUAAUGACUUACUCUUUAGAAAAUUACAAAACCAAGAAUUUCGUCAAAGUGUUCAUAAGUUUAUUAGAAUCAUAAUAUUGCUACACAACUUCUUCAUCGGAAGAGCUUUAUUGUUGUUGAUGGGAUUCUAUAAUGUCAAAUCAAUGUUCUCAAAUUCUGCUUAGAAUUAGAAGCCUUAAAAUUUACAAUCAUAUAGCUUGUUAUGUUCAAGGACCUCUCCCAUCGAUGUUUUUACUCUUAUUACUUACUUCUCUCCCUCAUUUACUCAUGUUUCCUUAUACAAGAGAAGAGUGCGAUACCAAUUAAUAAGUUACUAUUAGGCAAUCAUUGAUUCAUUCUAAAUUGAAAAGUGUGGUUUUAAGAUGUUUAGAAGUGGAAAAGAUAUAAGAGAAUUAAUGGAACUGAUAGACAAGCAAAGAAGUGGACCCUUGAUAGUCUUUUGGGAAGGAGGAGUAUCGAAUGGUUAGCAUUUCCUAAAAAUCGACGAGUUAAUGAUAAAAGAAGCGAGCAAGAUAAAUUCUUAUUCAAAAUAAAGAUAACACGUAGCAAAGUAUAACUCUUCAAAUCCAACUGGACUGUUGAGUAUUUUAACUAAUAGCAGAGUAUUACUGGUUGGGAAUUCAUGGAUGAGGAUGUUGUAUAAUCUAUUGGUUAAUUGGAGUUGCGGUUUACAGAUGCAUUUCUUAAGAGUGCCAUAUUUUGUAUUUUCUGAUUGUCGAUUUGGUGAGUUUUAUAAUCAAUUUGUUCAUAAUAUGUUAAUGCGAAAAUUAAGUAAGAAGAAUUGGAUGGAUUAUAGAACCAAAUUUAUUAGGGAUAUAAAUUGA